GGCCUUCAUCAACCGGUCCAACGGCCACCGUUGCUCAGCCGGACCCGCCGUGACCCACCCCCCUCGGCGAGCCUGACUCCGACAGCAUAGAAAAUCGCCUCGUCGCCGUUCCAUCCACGGCGACCCUUGACUUCCCCCUCUCAGCCCUCCACAGAACCAAGCCAAUUCUGUGAUCCGAGCUGCCGGUUCCGCGCCUCCCGAUCCGGCAACGAUGGAAGGCGGCGGCGACGCCUUCGGGUCUUCGACGGCGCCGCUGGCCUGGCACGACUUCCUCGAGCGCAUGCGCCAGCCCUCCGCCGCCGAGUUCGUCAAGUCCAUCAAGGGAUUUAUUGUGACAUUCUCAAACAGAGCUCCUGAUCCAGAGAAAGAUAGUGCAGCUGUUCAAGAGUUCCUAGAAAACAUGGAAGGUGCUUUCAGAGUCCACACGCCUUGGGCUGGCAGUUCAGAGGAAGAACUAGAGAGUGCCGGUGAGGGACUUGAGAAGUAUGUUAUGACAAAGCUAUUUAAUCGGGUAUUUGCUUCGGUCCCGGAAGAUGUGAAGAGCGACGAAGAACUUUUCGAGAAGAUGUCUUUGCUGCAACAGUUUAUAAGGCCUGAAAACUUGGAUAUUAAGGCAGAGUAUCAGAAUGAAACAUCGUGGCUGCUUGCGCAGAAGGAGCUGCAGAAGAUAAAUAUGUAUAAGGCUCCAAGGGAUAAGCUUGCUUGCAUCCUGAACUGCUGUAAAGUCAUCAAUAACUUACUUCUGAAUGCUUCUAUUGUAUCCAACGAAAACCCGCCCGGAGCUGAUGAAUUCCUUCCAGUCCUCAUCUAUGUCACCAUAAAGGCUAAUCCUCCACAGCUGCACUCAAAUCUGUUAUACAUACAGAGACAUAGACGACAAACACGAUUGGUGUCAGAGGCUCAAUAUUUUUUUACAAACAUACUGUCUGCUGAGUCUUUCAUUUGGAACAUUGAUGGAGAAUCAUUAUCCAUGAAUGAACUAGAUUUCCAAAGGAAGAUGGAUUUGGCGAGGGAGCGCCUGUUGGGAUUAUCAGCUGACCCUGAAAACCAGGAUAAUCAAGCCAAUGUCGAUGUCUGGGAGCAUAGAUCAGAAAAUCUUAAAGCUAACAGGUAUUCUGAUGUCAGCUUAUCUUUGAAGGAUCAGGUCCAAGGCCCAGGACCACAGGCCAUGAGAAGGGACAGCGAUGUGACUGUGAGUGGUAAACCAGUUGAGAGGGUGCAAUGUAUUUCUGAUUUAGAGAAGAAAGGAGCUACUGAGCUCCUCAAUGAUGAUGACUUGAACAAAAAAUUCCAGGAGUAUCCGUUCCUAUUUGCCCGUGCUGGUGAUCUGACUGUUGCUGAUGUAGAAAACCUUUUGAAUUCUUACAAGCAACUAGUACUCAGGUAUGUAGCACUUUCACAAGGUAUGGGUCUCAGCCCCGAAACCACUGUUGCUCAGACCAUGCAAUUGGCAUCUGAUCUUGUUGUAUCUGAGGAGCCUGAGAAUGUGCCUAGUGUGGUAAACAACAAUGAGAACAGUGAAGGAAUCAGCAAAACUUCUGAUGACGUUACCAGUGAAAACCUUCAUUCAGAAGUAGUUGACACAGUAGGAUCUGAAGAAAUAUCCCAACAAACUGCAGUUGAUCCCAGUGAUGAUCUGAAGAGUCAAACAGAAAAAGAUGAAACAUCAAAUCAGCCUGAGCGUGCAUGACUUGUCGGUCAAGCCUAGUUGAACUGGCGAUACAUGGGGGAAAUAUCUGAAGCUCGGUCCUCUACCCAGGGAUGACAAUGAUCACAAAGCUGAGUGCAUAUUUCCCCUCAGCGGAUGCACUGGAGCGCUUCAAGUGACAAAUGUGCAUGCUGGAAACUUGUUUGCAGAGAUUCAGCAUUGAGGAGGAUCAAUUCAUUCUGCUGAAGCUAGUCCCAGAUCCAAAUGUUUUUUCAUUGCUCCUUAGUUCUUGACUCAGUUGUAAGUUUGAUUUUGUCGUGAACACACCUUUUUUUUUGUAAACUUAUACAUUUGUAACUAGAAUUUCCAUAAGUGAAGUUUGUUCUUGCCAAAUUCAAAUUUAGAGGAAAUGGCUUGAAAGUCCCUGAGCUUAUGAGGCA